GACGUAGUGGCGUCGCUACCUGCCUCUCUGCUGGGGGUUAGGGCGUACAUUUAGAAACCACGCGGGAGUGUGUGGCGUCCCGGCUGCUAGCGGCUCGUGCUUUCCUCUCGGUCUGCGUCGCUGAAUGUGUUGUCUCCGUUCCGCCCCUUCCGGGAGAGGGAAGAGGAGCAAUUCUCAGGGGAUAGAGUUGGAGCCCCUGAAGGAGAGGGAGCAACCGAGGGGCUUUAGAGCGCUUGAGGACAGGGUUGUGACCCGGAAUUGGGGGAGUGGCUGAGAGAGGAGGGUCCCUGCAGGCAGGGUCGGAAUCCGCUGGGAUCAGGGCUGGUUCCGAGAAGGGCCUGGGGUAGCCGCGCGAUGUUCCGGGCCCGGUGCCUCCUCAGAGCCCUGCGCUUCUGUUCCUCCGCUCCCUGCCCGAGACACAAGCCUUCGGCCAAACUGAGCGUGCGGGACGCUCUCGGGUGCCGGAACACGAAUGGGGAGCGCAUUAAGGUUCAGGGAUGGAUUCGUUCAAUUCGAUCCCAGAAGGAAGUCUUGUUCCUGCAUGUAAAUGAUGGGUCAUCUUUGGAAAGCCUUCAGGUUGUAGCAGAUUCAAGCUUCGACAGUAGAGAACUGGCUUUUGGGAGUUCUGUGGAAAUUCAAGGGCAGCUAGUAAAAAGUCCAUCCAAAAGGCAAAAUGUGGAACUGAAGGCAGAGAAAAUUGAAGUCGUUGGACAUUGUGAUGCCAAGGCUUUCCCUUUUAAAUAUAAAGAGAGGCAUCCUCUGGAGUAUCUGAGACAAUAUCCUCACCUUAGGUGUAGGACCAAUGUUCUGAGUUCUAUACUGAGGGUUCGCAGUGAAGCCACAGCUGCUAUUCAUUCUUUCUUUAAGGACAGUGGCUUUGUGCAUAUUCACACUCCAAUAAUCACAUCCAAUGACUGUGAGGGGGCUGGAGAACUUUUUCAAGUUGAGCCUUCAAAAAAAAUUAAGGUACCUGAGGAGAAUUUCUUCAAUGUUCCUGCUUUCUUAACUGUUUCGGGACAACUUCACCUAGAAGUGAUGUCAGGAGCAUUUACUCAAGUGUUUACCUUUGGUCCAACAUUUCGAGCAGAGAAUUCUCAGAGCCGGAGACACCUGGCAGAGUUUUAUAUGGUAGAAGCAGAGAUUUCUUUCAUUGAGAGCCUUCAAGAUCUCAUGAAGGUUAUGGAGGGGCUCUUCAAGUCUGCAACAUUGACGGUUCUCUCCAAUUGUCCUGAAGAUGUUGAACUCUGUCAUAAAUUCAUAGCUCCUGGCCUAAAGGACAGAUUAGAACACAUGCUGAAAAACAAUUUUUUAAUCAUUUCUUACACUGAAGCAGUAGAGAUUUUAAAGCAAGCAUCCCAGAACUUCACCUUCACCCCAGAGUGGGGUAUUGAUCUACAUACUGAACAUGAGAAGUACCUGGUGAAGCACUGUGGCAACAUACCAGUCUUUGUCAUUAAUUACCCAUUAGCACUCAAGCCUUUCUACAUGAGGGAUAAUGAAGAUGGCCCUCAACACACAGUUGCUGCUGUUGAUCUUCUGGUUCCUGGAGUUGGAGAGCUCUUUGGAGGAAGCCUCAGGGAGGAACGGUACCGUUUCUUAGAGCAGCGACUGGCCAGAUUAGGACUGAUAGAAGCCUACCAAUGGUAUCUGGACCUUCGUCAGUUUGGAUCUGUGCCACAUGGAGGUUUUGGGAUGGGAUUUGAACGCUAUCUGCAGUGCAUCUUGGGAAUUGACAAUAUCAAAGAUGUUAUCCCUUUUCCAAGAUUUACUCAUUCCUGUCUUUUAUAGCUGGAAGACUGGUUAAGGAGAAUCACCCUGAGACAGAGAUACUGCACAUGAAUGUGCAUACAGGAGAAUAUAUGUUUGAAUUUUAGAAAUGCAGUUUUUAAAAUGUAAUUGCCAUGCCAUAACAUAUAAUAUAUGAAAAAUAGAAAUGACCAUGAUUUUCUUAGAAAGUUGAGGGCAUUUCAUGGAAAGAUGAACUCUCUCAAAAAGAGGUACUUAUAGCAGGUAGAAUCUCAAAUCUAUUGUAUUAAUUAAGAAGAAAUAAAGAAAUUUAACUAUAUGGUCUCAAAGGUCCUUUAAAACUCUAAAACAGAAUGAGAUAUAUGUUUUACUUUAUCUUUAGCUCAAAGACAAAUGAUUAGAUCACUACAUUGUGUGACCUCUGAGAAACAACUAGUAGCUAAAAAUAAAAUGUUGUUGGAUCUUUUCUCCCUUGCCAUUGAACCUGUGAUAAAUGCCCAGCUUAUUCUUGGUGCUUUAAUAAACUUUACAUAAGAAAAUA